UCUUUGGGACGGUAUUGUCAUGCAAAUAAAGGACGCGUAAAAUAUUCUCCCAGAGCGCAGCGCAGGGCAGAGACUCACACGGACCGCGCGGAGGACACAGACCGGGCCACACGGUGGAUUUGUAUCGUUUUCGUCGCUACGGACACAUCCAUCUGUCACAGACACCCUGGCCGCAUGAGCAGCGACAUAUAGCCGGGACGUGUUGCCAGGAAGCAUCAGGUCGGGCCGUUCAAGGAAAACCUGCGGAGACUUUCCAGUGGAGAUAGUGGUCAUUCUUCAUAUUUCCCCAAGUGAAGUCGGAGGUGUCUCUCUUCUCCAUCCCCAGCUAUAGGCUACCUGCUGCUGCUGCUGCUGCGGAGGGGGGACUACGUCCAGAGAGCACUGGAUCGCUUGAGAGCAUCCUUCUUAUGUUUUAGGGAUUUUAGGAUCUCUCAAAUAUUAACAUUUUUGCACACCAAGUGUGUUAUUUCAUCUCUUGUCCUUUUUGGGAUACAUACAGUGAUCAUUUUUUUUCUAUUUUAGUACAUAAAAGUGCCUUAAUAACUGGUUAUAAUCCAGUGUAACUGUGGCAUUGUCACCAGACCAGAGACGCGCAACAGGGAGAAGACGAUUAUUACCAGCUUUAGAGCCCAGGCAGGAUUACUGGUUCCCCACCCUCCAGCGAGCUGCAACCAUGAGCCAGGCGGAUGUGUCGACUUGCUCCGCGCCGCAGAGGGUUUUCCAGGAGGCGGUGAAGAAGGGCAACACCAAGGAGCUGCACUCUUUGCUGCAGAACAUGACAAACUGCGAGUUCAACGUCAACUCCUUCGGGCCAGAAGGACAGACGGCCCUCCACCAAUCUGUCAUUGAUGGCAACCUGGAGCUGGUAAAACUGCUGGUGAAGUUUGGCGCAGACAUCCGACUGGCCAACAGGGAAGGGUGGAGCGCUUUACACAUCGCCGCCUUCGGUGGCCACCAAGACAUUGUGCUAUACCUCAUCACCAAGGCCAAGUACUCCUCUGGCGCCCGGUGAUCUGUCUCUGCUGUCAGGUAAAAUAAGAAAAUAAAAAAUAACAACAAGUGGAAAAAUAAAGCUGCAACACACGGGAAAGCCAGGCUCUUGAAAAAAAAGCAACAAAAAAAAACUGCCAUCAUCUACAUAGUU